CCUACAUCAAAUGUCAAAAUGUCUGCUAGCAGUGAAAUUUUAAUGCCUACGGUGAAAAAGUGAUUUUGUGGAAAAAAAUGUAGGAUUUUUCAUCCCAUCACCAGUCACAGAAAAUCCGCAACUAUGAACAUUAUGAGAAAGUUGCGAGGGAGCAACAGCGUAUCAGGUGUUGGAUCUGGGGCGAGUGGAAGUAUAGAUGAUGGGGCUGGUGGAGCAAACCCACAACAUACAGCCUUGGGUCUCAUGCACCUUAAGAAGCUGUUCUCAGAGUAUACGCAUCCCCCGCAUCCACUAAAUGAAGCAGAACGAGAUGAUAAGCUUUAUAACAUGCUGCCGCUGUUCUGCAAGGUAUUUGGGUCAAGUCCGUCUGGUGAUAUGAAUGAAAAGUUUUGGGAUAUACUAGCAUUCAGUCAGCAAGUUUCAAAAUUGAUGGUUUCGGAAAUUCGUAGAAGAGCCAGUAACCAGAGCACAGAGACAGCUAGUUGUGCAAUUGUUAAAUUUCUCGAAAUAGAAAAUAGCGAAGAAUCCAGUAAUGGAUGGAUGUUACUUUCUGCCUUGAAUCUUUUAGCCGCUGGGGAUACAUCCCUCAUACAGGUCAUGACAACUGCCUCAGUACCAUCAACUCUAGUAAAAUGUCUUUAUUUAUUCUUCGAUUUGCCUGAAAUGAGUGAAGUUGAAGCUGAUGUAGCUGAUGCUAAUAGUGAAUUUACUCCAAGGGAACGUAGGAUCUUAUUACAGAAAAUAUUCGUUCAGGUGUUGGUCAGAUUGUGCAGUCAUCCAUACCCAGCAGAGGAGCUUGCUAGGAAAGAUGAUUUGACUCUACUAUUCUCUGCUAUCACUAGCUGGUGUCCACAAUAUAAUGUAAUGUGGCGUAAAAGUGCCGCUGAGGUGCUAAUGACCUUGUCUCGACAUGGCCUAACACAAAACGUGGUUGCUUAUAUCCACAAUAAGGGAUGUAUAGCACACUGCAUAGAUAACAUGCAGAGGGUACCUGAACUCGCACCUCUGGAAGUUGUCGAGAUGUUUGUAACAGUAUUUUGUUUUUUAAAAGACUCUAGUGAAGUAUCCCAAACACUAUUAGAUGACUUCAGAGCUUGUCAAGGAUACAUCUUCUUAUCUGAAUUUUUGUUGAAGCAUGCUCCUUCAAGACUAGAACAGGAUGGUAGAGCAGAAGCUCAAGAUGCUAUAAGAAAUCUUGUACUAAUGCUAGCUUCGUUGACAAUGUGCGGCCAUACUGAAUUAAAGCCGAGUCAAGCCAGUAUGGGCUCAUUAUUUCAAAUGCUUGGUUUUACUUUACCACAACCAAGUAACCGAGGUGGGAGCGUUCGGAAUAUACAAGCAUUCCAAGUCCUGCAGUCUGUAUUUGUAAAAUCUAACUCCCCGCUUCUGUGCUGUACCAUACUGGAUGCUAUAUCUAGUGUUUACCACAGCGACAAUGCAAAUUAUUUUAUUCUUGAAGGACAAAAUACGCUGUCUCAAUUCGCAGAAAAAAUUCACCUCAAAAAUCCUGAAAUUCAAGAAAAAUUUUUCCAAUUACUUGAGUUCAUAGUAUUUCAACUAAACUUCGUACCUUGCAAAGAACUCAUAUCACUUUCGAUAUUAUUAAAAUCCAACAACUCUGUCAGCUGCAGUAUUAUGUGUUUGGAAACACUCCUCAAUAUACUUAGGCACAAUACUAUUUUCAAGGAAGUAUAUAGAGAAGUUGGAAUGUUGGAGGUGUUUGUAACUUGUCUGCAUCGAUACGCAACGUUAUUGAAGGAUAAACAAGUUGCCCAUGAUCAAGGAUUAGAAUAUAAAAUGUGCCCCGAUCAGGAGCGACUGGGUGCUUUAAUCAUGGAAGCACUGACAACGCUCUUAGCUGGCAAUGUUCAAAAUGCUAAUGUAUUCAGAGAAUGUGGAGGAGCUCGCUGUUCCCACAAUCUUGUGCCAUACACUGAUUGCAGGCACCAAGCUCUUGGAAUUGUCAGAGAAUUGGUAAUAAGUGCUGGUGGUGAUGACGAUAUGGCCACAUUACUUGGAGUGAUGCAUUCUGCUCUGCCAAAUGCAUUGGUUUUGAAAACCCAUAUUUUGAAGUCAUUACUUGCUUGUUUGAGAGAGUCUCAUCGAACGAGGACUGUGUUCCGUAAAGUCGGGGGAUUUGUUUAUGUAAUGUCAGUUCUUGUUUCUCUUGAGAGUCAACUAGGUCCUCGACCUAUAGAAAAUAAUGAGCCAUGCAACGAUAUAUCGCAACAGACGGUUCGAGAUGAAUCUCCACUUCUAACAUUGUUACAUGUGGUUUUCCACACAAUAAGUACUGCUAUGCGAUUUGAGCCAGCCAAUGCAAAGUUUUUCCAUCACGAGAUAUGUCAGUCAAGUUUGUGCGAUACUCUACGCUUACUCGGCUGUUUUUCAUCGCAAACGAAGCUGAAUAAUUCUGACGUAGUUCUAACUUCUAAUCAUCACAACGCCUUACAUUCUUUAUUCACCAGCAACGUAUUGGAUCCAGCAUUUCCUAGCGAAAUGCCUAAGGCACUUGCUUACGCUUGUUUAAUAAUGAGACUGCUGUAUGACGUCGCAUUAGAUGCAUUUGAUAAACCUAACAUGACAGGGGUCGGAGUUCGAUCACCAAGUCAUAGACAUGUUAAUAUUGAGCAUCAAAAGUCGCUCGAUUCGCCAGGUAGUGGUAAACGUUCGACUGUCAAUUCACUAAACUUGAAUCCUCCAACUCCCGAACCAAUUGUUAUACAUCCUGGGAUUGUUGUUGGAAUGCUUCAUUUGCUUCCGUCGAUAGCAGAUGAAUCAGAAAAACAAAUGGUUCUGGCAUUGCAAUUGUAUAUAGCUGAAGUUAUAAAAAGUUUGGUACGCUCAGAGAGAAAUCAGCAAGUGAUGUGUGAAGCUGGAAUGGCUAGUGAAUUGUUGACUAUGGGCAAAGUUGCUCUACAGGAUGAAACACAUCCGCUGCAUCAACCACUGCAAUAUAUAAUUGAAAGGCUUGCUGCACAAUCCCUAGAACCCACAGACUUGAGAGAAUUUUUACGGCUUGGAGAUCCAUUAUGCUGCAUUUCACUAGAUGAUAUUGAGCCAAAUAAGCCUAAGCCUGGCGGACCUGUUCCCUUAACUCGAAUCAAAACUUUAGUAUCAAUGACGACACCAAAGGAUUUUCGAGCCCAUGGAUCGUGUACUCUACCACCAUUUGUAGAAUUUGAUAUGAGUGCUGAAGGUUUUGCUUGUCUAUAUUUGCCCAGUGUUGCUCCACAAAGUACUGUUCCUCCUACAGUUGUUACUGCAGACAAUACUGUUAUUGGAGGCAUUGGCUCUGGUGAUCGAUUGUUUCCACCACAAACUGGACUGACAUUUAGCACCUGGAUAUGUGUAGACAAGUUUAGCGAUCCGAGAACUGAUCCACAUUGCGUGAGAUUAUUAACGCUCGUCCGUAGUCCCCAAUCUGCAAGAGAUUUGAUAUGCCUGACAGCAGUUCUCAGUGCGAGAGAUAAGGCCAUAAUCGUCUCAACACACGAAACUCCUUUGCCACAAAAUGUCGGUGAAUGGGAACCAGAAGUGACAGGCGAAUAUGGGGCAAGAGUAUGGUGUCCAGAUUUACUUCAUGAGGGCCAAUGGCAUCAUAUUGCUAUUGUUUUAAAUCGCGCUGUACUGAAGAAUUCCAGUUUUUCUUUAUACUUAGAUGGCCAACACAUUUAUAGUCAGAAGCUGCAUUAUAUAUCUCAAACUCCUGGUGGUGGUGUGGCUAAUUUGACAGUCGCAUCACCCGUUUAUGGAUACAUUGGUACACCACCGUGUUGGCGAAGAUACUCUAGGCUGACUUGGAAGCAAGGGCCCUGUCACCUUGUUGAAGAAGUAUUCAACGCCCAAAAUAUAGCAGUAUUAUUCAAACUGGGACCACAUUACAUGGGAAGCUUACAAGCACCACAGUUAUUAGGCCCUGAGCCAUUGCCAUCUCUGGUGGCUGAAGAGAAGGUUGUGUUUGGAUUAAAUGCAAAAGCCAUGUCUCAACUAACUCUUGCAAAAAUUAGAAAAGUCUACAGCCGAGCAGACAAUAAAUCAAUAGCCAAACAGUUGGGCAUGUCUUCUCAUGAGAAUGCUACUCCCAUUCGAGUGCUGCACAACUCGGCAGGGCACUUGAGUGGCCCAGCAAGAGCACUUGGUGGGGUUGUUGUGGGCUAUCUUGGGGUGAGAGUCUUUAGUCCUCGCCCUGUCGCUACUAUGAUAGAUAAUGUUGGUGGCUGCUCAGUUCUACUUGGGCUAAUUGCAAUGGCUCAGGAUGUAGAAUCCCUCUAUGCAGCUGUAAAAGCUUUGGUAUGCGUUGUCCGAUCUAAUCAAGCUGCUCAACAAGAAAUGGACAGAAGAAGAGGAUACCAAACCUUAGCUAUGCUAUUAAGAAGAAAAUGUCCACUACUCAACAGUCACAUUCUCCAUCUGACGUUCAGUUUAGUUGGCACAGUUGAUAGCGGCAGAGAAACCAGUGCAAUUCCGAAUCUGACAGCAUUUCAAGAUCUUCUGUGUGACUUGGAGGUUUGGCAUGAAGCACCUGGAGAGCUUCUUCGUUCACUUCUUGAACAUUUGUAUGAAUUAAUUGCGGAGUCAAGUGAGAAACGAACCAAUCUUCGGAUAAUGCGGGAUCUUCAACUUGUACAUAAAUUGUUACAUAUUCUCAGCGAUGUAAAACAGAAUAGUACCAGACAGGUCCUUCUGGUAUUGCUAAGCAUACUUCUUAGCCAGCCACGACAGGCUGAUCUUUUAUGGUUCGGACAAUUUAUCGUAGCUACUUUACCAGUUGGUUCAGAGAAACAUCUUGUUCUACGAGAGGGAGAGAUUGGUAAGGAAGGAGAAGGUGAAAAUAUUUUACUGAGGAAUAGAUGUCUGCAAUUACUGCACUCGUUGUUGUUCAAUGGAAUGAAAGUAAUCAAUAGCAUGUGCGACGAUGUUGUCAAAGUAUUGGGACUUGAUUGGGUGCUUUUAUUCCUACAAUCAGGACUUCAUAGCACCACCGUUGUUUGGGGUUUACGUAUAUUGGUAGCAAUUACUUCAGUACAACCGAUUUUACAAAAGUUCAAAGAUGGAACAAGCAAUGGUGGUUGGCUAAGACAUACCGAUCAUAAUAGAAUGGCUUUGGCUCUUGGAUGUCAUCAGCAGAUGCCGAGUGGAGAAAUCAAAUCUGUUGGUCUUCAUGUACCGGGAUUUCAGCAUUUAGGAUGGCUUUUACCGCAACAUGUUGAUUUAGUUCCGGAAUUGUACUUUUUAUUUAUAGCCCUUAUGAUGGGCCAACCAGUAAAACUUUUACCUGCCGAUACAAAGCUGGAUUUGGACAAUGUUUGGAGUUUCAUGUUUGGUGUGCCAACCAAUCAGUCUCUUGCUUUACUCACUGGGAAAAUUAAUCUCUGCCCUGAAGCGGUUGUCGCCCUACUAUCUAUGGUUCGCACCAUGCUCAACAGCCAUUUGAAUGGGUCGGAUGUUUUACCCGAUUGGCUUAAUGACUAUCCAGUGACAAUCAUACAAUUUCUAUUCUUCCUUUAUCAUAACUUCACCGAUUUUAUGCAAGUAUUCAUGACUGCUGAAGUGCUGGGUGCACUGGCAGGGACAUUAUUUCCAAAACCAUCGAGUUGCAGUCAAGAUAGUAGUGGAGCUAGUACUCCUGCAGAUGAGGAACCAGUAUUAGUGAGGUCUCCAUCAAAAGAUAUUGGACUAACCAAUCAUUUAGCUAAGAAAUUUGUCAUGGACUUCCUUCGCGUCAUUAUAGUUGACUCGUUGUCAUUGCCAGUCACGGCAAAGGCUCCUCCAUCAAUUGAUCUGGUAUUAGAAGCAUGGCCUGAACAUGCAUCCACAAGUCAACAGACUCGUUACCAGACAGAAGUAUUAUCCAUCUUGAUGGAGCAUUUAUUGGCAGCAGAUGUUUUAAUCGGUGAACAAGCUGCCUUACCUGUGGUACCGGGUGGAUCUGCGAAUAAUAUAACUAGUAACGUUUGUUAUGUAGCUGCCAGAAUUGUCGAUAAAUUAUGGCAAGGAGCAUUAACCAAAGAUCCACACGAAGUAUUUGACUUUAUCGUAAAACUCAUUGGACAAGCAAAGCGUCGGCCUGGUGCAGUUAGCAUGGAAGGACUUCAUCAUUGUCUUAAUAGAACGAUUCUAUUCCUACUUUCUCGAGCAACUGAUUCUAUCGCUGAUCAAAUGGCUGUGCUGGAAGCAUUACAUAAACUAACGAAUCACAGGUUGUUGGUAUUUGGGGCGGGAAACCAUGAAUUGGAAUUCAUUGGGUGCUUGACGUAUUGCCUUCUCCAACUAACAGCGGAUCUGAAAAUUAUGUUGGAUGUAAACAUGAAAACGACAUGGCAUGUAAAUCAUCAAGUCGAGGCAAGCGACGACAGAUUGACAUCACAUCAAGGGCAUAACUUAAUGGCUGUUGCAGCGAUGAGAGUGUGGGAAGAAUUAUAUGUCUGUAAAAAACCAGCCAUUGAGGAAGUUUUCAAAGUAACUCUUGUUCCCCCUACUGGCAAUGAAAGAGCACCUGAUCUAGCUAUUGUGAGAGAUCAAGUUUUGGAAGCAGCCACUAAAUUGUGGCUCAAUUAUGUUGAUCUUGAAAGGAAAGCUUCGUAUAGAGUACCUUGGGAACUGCACAAUCAGAUACAGUCCAAAAUUCAAAAGGUCACAGGUGGGUUAACAAGAUUAGCUAGCAGAACUAAGGUCAGAAAAGAAGAAUCUGUGCGUGUACGAGUUAGGCUACAUCAAAAUACUGUCGCUCAAUGGACAGAACAACAUGUUGCCUUGGUUAGAGAACUCGCUGCUUCCCGACGCCUUCAACAUCAGCAUACUAAUGAGCAUACACAGCGAUAUGUUUACCAGGAAUGGCUCCAGACAGAAACAGAACUUACUCGGGAACGUGGACUUUGGGGACCUCCAACUUCCACUAGACUUGAUAAAUGGAUGCUGGAUAUGACUGAGGGACCUUGUAGAAUGCGUAAAAAGAUGAUGAAAAAUGAUCUAUUCUAUAUUCAUUAUCCGUACAGACCCGAAUUGGAACAUCCUGAUAACAAACAACUGAAAUACAAGGUUGCAACUAGUAUGGAUAGUAAAGAUUACUACCUGAAACAGUUGGGAAAUUCCGCUGGAAUGUUCGAACGCGAACGUGAACCAGUAAUCGAUGAUACUCCUUUGAAUGUAAAUGAGACUUCUGCCGAUAGUGAACCACCCAUGGUACCUUGUACUCUAGAACGGCAUGCGAGUGAGCCCGAUGAAGCAACCGAAGACAUCGAGCAAGAAGAAGAGAACAAUCAAACUGUCCCUGACAAUCAGACGCUUCUUAGAUUACUGGAAGAACAUGAAAAGAUAAGCCACAUGUUCAGAUGUGCCAGAAUACAAGGUUUGGAUACGACUGAAGGGCUACUUUUGUUUGGCAAAGAACAUUUUUAUGUAAUAGAUGGAUUCACAUUAUUGAAAUCUCGUGAAAUCCGAGAUAUUGAAAGUUUACCAGAGGCUUACGAACCCAUACUACCAUCACCUGGCUCGCCAAGAAGAUCUAGAGCAAUGAGACAAUGUUCUAAGUUCAAUUAUGAAGACAUACGGGAAGUACAUAAAAGGAGAUACUUAUUGCAACCAAUGGCAUUGGAAGUAUUUAGUGGAGAUGGGAGAAAUUAUUUAUUAGCAUUUCCAAGAAAAGUUCGCAAUAAAGUCUAUCAACGAUUUAUGACGUUUGCAACUGCUAUAGCUGAUAGUGCUCAACAAUCAGUAGCAGGUCAGAAGCGGACCGCAAACGUAGAACAAGCUACCGGUCUGCUUUCAAAUUUGAUCGGUGAAACGUCAGUCACUCAGAGAUGGGUGAGGGGAGAAAUAUCCAAUUUUCAAUACUUGAUGCAUCUCAAUACAUUGGCGGGUCGCAGCUACAAUGAUUUGAUGCAGUACCCGAUAUUCCCAUGGAUUUUGGCUGAUUAUGAUAGUGAGGAGCUCGAUUUGAGUGACCCUUCAACAUUCAGAGAUUUUAGCAGACCAAUGGGAGCCCAAAGUCCAGACCGUCUAUCGCAGUUUAAGAAAAGAUAUAAAGAAUGGGAUGAUCCCCAUGGAGAAACUCCACCUUAUCAUUACGGUACUCACUAUUCAUCAGCAAUGAUUGUGUGUUCGUAUCUAGUCAGAAUGGAACCUUUUACACAACAUUUUCUGAGGUUACAAGGUGGUCACUUUGAUUUGGCGGACAGAAUGUUCAAUAGCAUCAAAGAGGCUUGGCUCUCUGCGUCUAAACACAAUAUGGCAGAUGUUAAGGAACUCAUACCAGAGUUCUUCUACCUGCCAGAAUUCCUCGUCAAUUCAAACAAUUUCGAUUUAGGGUCUAAGCAAAGUGGCGUACAGCUUGGUGAUAUCGUUCUUCCUCCUUGGGCUAAGCAGGAUCCUCGCGAAUUUAUUAGAGUACAUAGACUUGCUUUGGAAUGUGAUUAUAUCUCGCAACACCUGCAUCAGUGGAUAGAUUUGAUAUUUGGCUACAAACAAAAUGGUCAAACCGCUGUAGAUGCAGUCAAUGUAUUUCACCAUCUCUUCUAUGAAGGAAAUGUUGAUAUUUAUAAUAUUGAUGAUCCUUUGAAGAAGAAUGCAACAAUUGGAUUCAUUAACAAUUUUGGCCAAAUACCGAAGCAGCUAUUCAAAAAACCUCAUCCUGCCAAAAAAAUGACUCAAAGAACAAGUGUAAUUGAUCCCGGACCUAUUACUCCAGGCCUAAGUAUCACGACCUCCGAUAGACUGUUCUUCCACAAUCUUGACAACUUGAAACCAUCACUGCAACCAAUUAAAGAACUGAAAGGACCUGUUGGUCAAAUUCUGCAUUUAGACAAAGCUGUGUUGGCUGUAGAACAAAAUAAAACUCUAAUACCACCGUCGUAUAAUAAAUAUGUUGCCUGGGGAUUUGCUGACCACUCUUUAAGAAUAGGAAAUUACGACAGUGAGAAAGCAAUUUUCGUUUGCGAAGCAAUGAUGCAAAGUAGCGGCGAAAUCGUAUCAUGUGUUUGUCCAUCUUCUAAACAAAUUGUCACAGCAGGGACAAGUUCGGUUGUAACGGUUUGGGAAUACGCCAAACGCCAGCUAUCAAUUAAGCAAUGUUUAUAUGGUCACACCGACGCUGUGACUUGCUUAGCCUCGAGUCCGGCAUACAACGUUAUUGUUUCUGGUUCACGAGAUGGCACUGCAAUUAUUUGGGAUCUCUCCCGCUGCCUUUUUGUUCGACAACUCAGAGGGCAUGCAGGUCCAGUUGCAGCAGUUGCCAUAAAUGAUUUAACGGGAGACAUUGCAACUUGUGCAGCUACUUGGCUACAUGUUUGGAGUAUCAACGGCGAAGAACUUGCUAGUGUAAAUACUUGCGUAGGUCGCGCUGAUCGAAUGCAACAAAUUUUGUGUGUAGCGUUCAGUCAGACUCACGAAUGGGAUUCGCAGAACGUUAUAAUGACAGGGUCAACCGAUGGAGUAGCUAGGAUGUGGUCAAUGGAUUAUGUUCAAGUUCCUGCUGAGGAGGAGAAAGCGGAAGAAAGUGAGGUCAAGAAAGAUAUGAAGACAGACUUAUCUAAUGUGAAGAAUGAUAGUGAGAAUACGAAAAAAAGAGUUCAUGAUCUGGUUAAACAAAUAAGUAUGUCCACCGAAAAUUCAGGUAUGCUGGUUAAGAGUGGAUCAGAAAGCAGUCUCUCUGAAACCGAGAAUGCAAAAGAAACAUCUCGGCUUCAUGAGGAAAAAGAAGAGUGCUCUGAUAAUGAAUCGAGCAAUGGCUCUAGCAGUAAACCCACCCGCCAGAGUAAUCAUGCAGCUACUGUAGUAUUGCGAAGAAAAAGUCGUUGCAAUCCAUUGUUCAGGAAAAGUGAAGGUGGUGGGCGAGCUGACAGCGAAGGUGCUCAGAUCAGCGAAUCGGUGGUUGGUGUUGGGGAUCCUACCGAGGGUGCGCUGAGAGCUAGUAAAAGCGAUACAAGUCUUACCGAUAGCUUUGUAAUGGUCACUGAAGCUGAUACCAAACCAAAAAAAAUAAAUCCACAGAAUAUUCUAAGGGACGGAUUUAAAUGGCAAAGACAAUUAGUAUUUAGAAGUAAAUUGACCAUGCACACUGCUUAUGAUCGUAAAGACAAUGCUGAACCUGCGUCUAUCACUGCACUAGCAGUGUCCAGAGACCACAGGGCGGUCUAUGUCGGAGAUACUAGAGGACGUGUGUUUUCUUGGAGCGUAUGCGAACAACCAGGCAGAACUGUUGCAGAUCAUUGGCUUAAAGAUGAAGGUGCGGAUUCGUGUGCCGGCUGCGGAGUCAGGUUUACUCUCUAUGAACGACGACAUCACUGCAGGAAUUGUGGACUAGUAUUCUGCUCAAAAUGCAGUAGAUUUGAAUCCAAGAUUUCAAGAUUGGGCAUUCUGAAACCUGUCAGAGUCUGUCAAGGUUGCUACUCCGCACUUCGAUCGCAACAUUCUACAGAAUCCAACACUUAAUGCUGUUAAAUGAAGUUUUCUAUCGUAUAUAUGCCGUUCUCUUCUGAGUAGAUUUUAGACGAUUUGUACAUAGUCAUGAAUGUCACUGAAGCUUCUGUGAAGAAGUAGAAUUCAUGCUAGAUCCGUAUAAGUGUGCCCAAAGUCCUGCACAACAAAUUUAUUGCAAUUCUUUAGCGGAAUAUGCGUUGCUGACGUGAUCAUCCACUCAUUUUACAGAACGUAGGUUUCGCAUGGCAGCUAAAACUGUUGCUAAUACUAUACGCAUUGAACUGAAAACAUUUGUUAAUACAGAAUAAAGAAGACCCUUGUUUUAAUAACAUUUGACAUGUGCAGGGUAACUUCAGUUUAAACUGUUCGAAAUUGACAAUAAAUCAGAGGACGUGCUUUCCCAUGGCAAUGACAACGUCAUGAGUUACUGCGAUUUGAAUCUGUGAUUAAUAUCAAGUUACUAGGACUCUGUACUUACUUCUUGAAUACAGCUUACUUUAAUUCCAGGCUAGAAAUUUGACAUGAACAACAAAAAAAAAAAAUUUCAUAAUAAUUAAUUCCAUUUCUUUUUGAUACAUCCCAGUUUCAAAGAGUGAUCACAUUAGCUACUGGCCGGCUAGUGCGACACCUCGUGAAAUUUCAUGCUACAGUUCAUUUGCAUAUCAAGAUAAUAAAUUUUUGAAAACUAUUUGAACAGUUUUGAUACGUAUAUCUAUUCAAACAAUAAGCCAUGUGUAAACCGAGUGCAAGGAUGAUUUGAAUUCGUCAAAAUUGUCCGAUAACUGAGUCAGAUAGGCACUGUUAAUAUAGAAUUAAAUGAAGGUAGGAUGGGUGAAUAUACAUAUAAAUUCAUUGAGAAAGAAUAGAUAAUUGUGAAUCUGAUAUUUGUGACAAAAACAGAAUCCAUAAACAUACAGCUGGUCAUAUAGGAAAGCAAUGAAAUACGUUUGCUAUAUUUACCCCAUAUAAUCUUGAAUAUAGGCAAUAGAGUAUAGGAAUAGCAAAUUAUAGCUUUCAAUAUUAUAGCGUUCAGUGUUAAAUUAAGAAAGAAAUAUAUUACUGUUUAUAAUUUUUUAUAAUUACUUUCUUGAUAUUAUACAAUGAAAUAUUGAUAAUUCUUGAACCACGUAACAUUUGUAUUAUAUUAUUUUAUAAGGACGUUUCGUUUUAUACAACUAUGAUAUACAUUGAAGCGAGACAAUUCUCUUUCCGUUUACGGAGCUGAUGCGUGUGAUUGUUUUUAAAUUAUGGAUUUUACGGUUCAGAGUGAAAAUAACAUAUUUUAGUACUGGCACAGUAGAACAAUGCGAUGAAAAGAAAUAAGCAUGUACACCCAUUGGCUCUUGAUAUCAUUAUAACGCAAGCCAUACAACUACAUAAUAGACAAUACUGUAUCUGUGUAAGUAAAAACAGAAAAAAAAAGAAAAUAUUGUAGUAAUAAUGUUACUGUUACAAGCAAUGAUACUAUAGCUAAAAUAAAUGUAGACAUUUGUGUAUGAUGUAGACCAAUAAGAUUUGUAGCAUGUAUAUUAUCUACAUUCUACGUAAAACUGUAAAUUGUUACGAAGCAUGGUUUUGCUUUGGUAUUAGAGUUGUAUUAUUUAUUUGAACAAUGGGAUAAUUCUAUUUAAAAAUGAAUGGAAAAUCAGUUUAAACAAAUUCAUGUAUCUUUGGUAAAUUAUCAGAUUACACGAAUACUGUACUUUAUAUUAUAUCCAAGAGAAAAAGAAAUUAAUAUACUCGAGUAAACGUAGGUCUAGUGCUUUAGUCUUAUUAUAUGGCCAAUAAUUUAGCUGACUGCAGCAAUGAGAACAAGACUAAUCUGACAAUUUUGGAGGGUAAAGUUAUUGGUCAUUUUUAGAUGUAAGGUGGUUCACGUACUAGUUUUAGUGACCAUAGCUAAGGAAUUAAGUUUCACGAUCAGUUGAAUAAUUUACGCUUAGCAAACAAUAAAGUAGCCAGCUAUGAGCCGAUGUCAGAGAAUGGUGUAAUAUCUCAUUUAUCUAUUGAGCAUUUCACGUUAACAGUUCGUUAACCAUAUUGAUAUUUGCACUGCAAUCUAAAGCUUGAUCUUCACAAAUGAUUUUAAAACAAUAUCUAAAAACUAUUUGAUUUUUAAGUAAUUCACACGGUGCAUUGACUCUCAGUUUUUUUCUAUGAAAAUAUUGCAUUGGCUAAUAUUAUACAGCGUGAUUGAAUCAAUACCGAGGGAUGCUCUUCGCAUCUAUCAUUAAUUCAAUAGCUGCCAUGUUUUCCUUGAAUCUAGAAUUCAGUCAGUUCGAGUACAAACAGAAGUCGGAUAUGACAUUGUUUGAAUUCUAUAAUCACGGUAGAUUUACAACCCAUAAUUAGUGCAUUUCUAAGAUUUGGCUUUGUCUGUUGCCAGACGAAUACUACAGUCAUGAAAAUAUACUUUUCUUGGUAAAACCAACAGGACAAUGAAUGCUCGAAUGACAAUGAAUUAAUAUGAGUUUAUUAUCAAUACGAUAAUUGAUAACGGUCGUUUGAUCACAGAUGAUAACUUCCCUCUUAUAAGUUAAAAGAACUUGAAUUAUCUGAAAAUUCUCAUCGGAUAGUGCCAAUUAUUUAAAUCAAGCCUUUGCCAUUUUGAGUAACUUCUUCUAUUUUAUAAAAUUUUGAAGAUGAUCAGGUGAAUUGUUUAAAUAAUCAAAGCUUGGUUCUGGUAUAUUAUGUUUAUUCCUCAAUUAUUAGUCUGGUUAAACGUAGAAAAGCAAAAUAUAUGAUAAGGUCUCACAGGUGCAGUGGAUAGAAUAUUAUUAUUUAAGAAUGUAUUAAUAGUCAGAUAUUGAUAUACAAUGAUGAACGUGUUUAUGUAUAAAUAUCUUAAAUGGUUUUACCUGAAGCGGGAUUGAUAUUGUAACAGAAAGAAAAAAAAACUAAAAAAAAUCAUGAUAACCAGAUCCACAAUGUCUAUUAUUAUUGCUAGAAAACAAAGUAUUCAAAGUAGCAAUGCAGAACUACCAGAAUAAUGUGCUAAUCGCUAAUCCAUACCGCGCAAGCAUUAAAAGUAAAAUAAUCACUCAAGAUUUCUUUCUAACAGAAUAUUUGAUUGAUGAUGUUUUAGCGUUGUUAAUUAGUAUUAUAUUUUUUAAAAUAUGUACCGUCUUGACAAAACUACUAUUGCAGAACUCAUGAUAUUAGCAUUCUACGAAUAUUUAUUAUAGUUAUAAUUUUUUUAAUUGACAAUAUUGUUCUGUAAAACCAUGAAUUUCCUCAUUUGAAUAUCAGCUAUCACAGAGAACGGGGAUCAAUAAAUUGCACAGAAAUUUCUUUACAAAAUCCUGUUAGAUCAGUCAGUCAAUGUAUAUUUAAAAAUUUUGAGGGCACAAGCAUGAUUUCUAGUCAAUAUAUUUAAAUUUCAUCGUAUAACUGCUAAGUUUGUCUACAUAAUAAUAAUUGACCAAAAAAUGCAUGCAGCAUAAUUCUGGAACUCUGGUAUGGGGGAUUAUCGAUUAUUGUUUUAAAUAUAUUAUUUGUAUAUAAAGCUACUGUAAUAAGUCUGUUGUAAACGAUUUAGAAAAUUUUAAUUGUGUAAUCAGCGUGAUGUAAUCCUUUGCAUAAUGAAGUUAUAACAACAACUGAACAAUCAUAAUAAAAACAAUUAAAUAAUCAGAAAUGAAACAUAA